AUGAACGUACGCUUUUAAAAAAUGUUAAAUUACUUCUUGGAAUUGUACAUUAAAAAUGAAGAACAAUUAGUAAUUUUUCCAAGAUCUCUUGUUUUGUUUUUGAGAAUUCAAUCAUCAUUAUUAAGCUUAUCUUAUAUUUAUAGAAGAGAAAUGAAUUCAUAUGUUACAUUAUUGAGUGAAUUUGCAAGACCUCAAUAAUUUUUAGCCUCUUUAGAUGCUGCAUAAUAUAUAAUAUUGAUGAUGUGCAAUUUGUAUAUCAUAAAUUUGUUUUCAAUAAAUGCUCAUACUAAAUAUAUAGGAAUAUUUGGAUAAUUGUUACGAAGCAGUUUAUUAAAUUUUUUUUUUGAAUAUAGUACAGGAUAAUUAAAAAUACUUACUCAUUCAUUUUUAAUUCUCAUAUCAUUUAGUGAAACCUUAGUUUUAUCUGGCACAUUAAAUGCUAAUACAACAAAUUUUUAACAUACGAGAUUUUCAUUCUUAGAUUUUAUUUUAGCUAUUUUGAAUUACAUAAUUAUGAUAGUUUAUUCAUAUUAUGAUGCAUAUAAAGUUAUAAUAGUACUAGCUUUAACAAUGAAUAUUUUAAAAGCAUUAAAUUUAAUUAUAUUUUCUCCUUUAAAAAACCUUUAUACUAAAUCAAUUUUACUUUCAAUAAAUCUUUACACAUUGUUUUUAGGAUUACUAAAGGUUGCAUCUAUAGAAAAGAGUUUUACAAGUGAAAUUGUAUUAAUUCCAUUAUUUUUAAAUGUUACACUGACCUAUUAUUAAAGAUAAUUUAAACAAAAGAUUUUUAAUUCUAAAAAUACUUAUUGUAAAGUGAUUAAUGUUUUAAUAUAUCUUGACAAUAUUAAAGAUAUCAAAACAAUUAAAAUUGAAAAGCCUUAAUCUGCUAAAGAAAGAAUCAUCUAUUCAAGUAUUUUAAUAUUGUAAGGAAAAGAUUAUGAAGCAUACUUAGAAUUAAAUUCUAUACCAUAAUCAUAAUUAAAUAUUUUAGAAAAAUUUAAAAAGAAAGUGAUUUUAAAAUAAUGUAUUAAUAAAAUUGAUUGUAAAAUAUAAGUAGAAUCUAAUGCAUAACAUAAAAUCGCUUUAGCAGUAUCUUCUCUAAUGGCGAGUGAAGAAUCAAAUUUAUUAAUAAGAAAUGAUAUACUUAGUAUAUUAAGAGAGAAGAUUGCUUGUUAAUAGUUAUUAAUGUAAAACUAAACUUAUAAUCAUUAUACAUCUUAUCUUCAUUUUAUAGAAAACGCUUUAAAUUUACAAAAAAAAUUAGAAAAAUAAUAUAAAGAUUUUCCUUGUGAUAAAACUUAAAGUAUAUUGGGAUUUUAUUAUGCAGAAAUUAUUAAUGAUUUUCUUCAAACCAACUAACUUUUUAGUAUUAUAGCAUUAUCUGAUGAGAAAAUCAAAAGAGUAGGAACAUAUUAAGAUGUAUUUUCAAAUAAAAUGAUUUAUUUAACAUCCAAAUUCACUAACACUUUAGUUAUUACAAGAUGCUCCAAUGAUGCAAGUUCAUUUUUAUAAAAAACUAAUGAAUAAUUAUAAGGGAAAUCUAUAAGUUGUUUAAUUCCACCUGGAAUUGCAGAACAUCAUGAUAAAUUUGUUUUUUAAUUUCUUCAAACAGGAUAAGCUAAAUUUAUGAGAAAGAUAAAUUAAAGUUAUUUAUACUAUUCUUAAUAAAAUAUGAUGUAAUUAAUUGAAUUUGUGUUUGAUGUUAAUUUACUUAAUGAUUUCAGUUUUAUAUCAUUCAUUUAACCAACAUCAAAUUAAUAAAUGUUUAUUAUUGUUGAUUAAAACUUUAAAAUAUCUUGUUUAAGUGAAGGAUUAAUAUCUGAAUUAGGUAUGAAAAUACCAAUCCAUAAUUAUAUAGGUAUUAAUAUCAAAAAAAUUUUACCUGAUUUUCCUUUAAUAAAUUGUGGAACUUAAUUUAUAGAAAAUGCAGAAGCACACUUUUCUAAAAUGAAUGAUGAAGUUUUAUUAAGUACAGGUUCAACAUAACUUCUAACUCUUAUUACUUCCUAUAAUGUAAUUUCAUCUUCAUUUCAAGGUGAAAAUAUAUAUUACAUAAUCACUUUUGAUUUUUUCAAAAAACCUAAUUAUUAAUCAUAACCUAGCAUUUCUAAUUUAAGUCCUACUUAUAGUCCUAAAAAAGAUGACUAAGAUUUAAAUUUUUUUAAUUUAAUUAAUUAAGAAAGUCGUGUCAAAAUUCCUUAUAAUGAAAAUUGUAGUUUAAAAAGAAACACUAAUUCAUUAUAUCAAAUCUAAUUAAAGGGUAGUCAAUAAGAAGCAGUUGAUUAAUCAGAAUAAAAUGAAGUUAAGUUGUUUUCUUGUUUAGAACAUACUAAUUUAAUUAGUCCUAGUAGAUACAAUGAAAAUUUACUUGCUUAAUAACAUUAUUUCUCAAAAUCAAAAUCUCAUAAAUUUAAACUAUAAAUAUCUGGUUAAGAAUAAGAUUAGUAUAGCAAUGAAAAAUAAUAAGCCUUUUAAGAUGAUAGAUCCUCUUAAAUUUCAAGUUUAUAAGGUGCAAGAAGAUCUAAAUUUUAUAAAAAAUAUGAAAUCUUUACUAAAAUUAAUGAAUCAAGUAGUUUUUCCAAAAAUCACAAAUUAUUUAUAUUAAUGUUUCUUCUUUGCAUUAUAAUAUAAUUGUCAAUCCAAAUUAUUGUAAUUUUUAUAUAAUAUCAACUAGUAAUUAACAGAAAUCAAUUAAAAUUUAGAGGGACUUGCAUCUGAUAUAGAUCUACUUUAAAUAAAGAAUUUUAUAUUCCAACCAUUAGAAACAUUUUUAGUAACCAGAUGGACAAUAGUCAAUUACAAUUUAUUAAGAGAUUAAAAAUAAAUUAAUUUAACAUAAUAUGCAGAAUUAAUUAAAUUUCCAAGAUCAAAUCUAAAUCUGGGUUAUGAUUCAUUAGAUUAGAAUCUUAAAAAAGCAUUUAAUAGACCUGAAUUAUAAGAUUUUUUAAAGAAUACUUAUUUAGAAGUUUAUGUUUAUGUCAAAACAAACCAAGGUGAAAUUUAUAAUAUAUCCCUAAGAAAUAGUAUUAAUAUUUUAAUAAACUAUCAAUACACUUUUAAAAUGGCUUAUAUUCUUGAUGGAGCAGCUGUAGCUGAUAGUCCUUAUGUAUAUUAUUAAUACAGAAAUUAUUUACCAAUAAAAGAGAAAUUCUCAAAUCUUAAUGAAAUAGUAUUAGUAGACACUAUAUAAAGAGCAGCUAAUAUCAAUGAUUAAGUAAAGGUCAUAUUUAUUAUAAGCAUAACUAUUUUGUUUGCUUUUUUAUCUUUAACACUUCUAUAUUUUAUUAGAAUUACUCGAAAUAUUAAUAAAUAUUAUGUUUUAAUGUAAAAUAUCUCUAAUUAAUAUAUUGAAAAUGAUUUAGCUCGCUUAAAAAGCUUAUCAGAGAAAAUAAGUAAAGAUUAAAAUCUAUUAUUUAAAUAUUAAUUUAGUAUGUCUGAAAAGGAAAAGAUAUUUGAAAAUAUAGCUGAUAGGAAUACUACAAUGAGAAGAAUCAAUCAAAAAUUGUAAGCUGUAAGUAUGUAGGAAAUUUAUUAUUAUAUAUUUAUUCUUACAACAAUAUUAUUAAUAGGUGGAAAUGCUACAUUAACCUAUUUUGAAGGUUAAACAUAUUUAAAUAAAUAUCCAGCCACAUCACGCUUUUACAAAGCUGUAUCAGAUAUUGGUACUGAUGUACCUACUAUGUAUGCUUAAAGAGAUGUACUUUAUGGAAGAGCUAACUUUCCUUUUUAUACUGAAGUUGAUAUUGAAAAUAUCUUAAAAGAAAUUGAAAUGGCUAUCAAUCGAACUCAAAUAUUUUCAAGUGAAGAUUACAAUUUCGAUAAGUAUUUUAUAAUAUUAUUUUUAGUUUUCUUGUAUCAGAUUCAUUCAAAGAAUAUUUUUCAACUUUAUAAGAUAAAGAUUUAUGUGAUUACAUUCCAGAUGAAUUACAAGAGCGUUCUGAAAGUCUCUGUCCUUUAGUAAUGAGUCAAAAUAUGAAGAGAGGAUUAAAAUCUGUCUUAAUUUAUAUAAUCAAUUUCAUUAAAACUGAUAUGGAAAUCAAUAAGUUUAAAGUUAGAACAUAAGCUAGUUUUUUAGAAUUAGAGGGAGGCUUUCUAGUUUCUCAUCUUAUAAAACUUAUAAAUGAUAAAUUUAAUGUGGAUUUAAUGAAUUAAACCAAAUACUAUAUAUCAACAGUUAAUGUAAUAAUUUUAUUUAAUUUAGAUACAUAAUAUAAUUGUUUUAAUUUUACUAUUCUUCAUUAUCCUAAUUAUUUUAACUGUAUUAGUCCAAAAACUAGCAUACAAAUUUCAUCUUGUCAAAAGAUUAACUUAUCUAUUGCCAUAAAGGACUUUAAUAUUUGAUGAUGUUUAUGAAAGAAACAUCAGAUAAUUAUUAUAGCAACAUUGA